AUGGCUGCCAUGGCUGCGGUGUCGUCAAGCGUGUCUCCGUCAAAGGCGCCGGUCUUAGAGGUUGCUCGGGACAAUGACAAGUUCCCCAAGAUCAGCCGCACAACGCUGUGGAGAGCUCUGGUGGAUCUGGGAUUCACUUUCGUCAAGCGCAACAGGGACUCGUUGUUGACGGAGCGCACAGACCUGGUGCUCUGGUGUGCCACCUACCUCCGGGCAAUCAGGAAGCAUCGCCUGCAUGACAAGACCAUCUACUACCUAGAUGAGACCUGGGUCAACGCUGGCCACACAAGGUCUAAGGUGUGGAAGGACACUACCGAAGCAGUAAAGGCUUUGUUGACGGUGCUGCAGAAGUUUUGGGCAAAAAAGGGCAGCGGCGACUACCAUGAGGAGAUAGACGGCGCACGUUUCGAGGAGUGGUUUACCGAGAAAUUGUUGCCAAACUUGAGACCGAAUAGUGUAAUUGACAUGGAGAAUGCGCCUUACCAUGCGGUCAGGCUGCACACUCUUCCAAGCUCUCGCACAAGAAAACAAGCAAUCCAGAAAUGGCUCACCUACAAUGACGUCGUCUGGGAUCCAACAUUUCUGAAGGCAGAACUUCUGGACCUUGUGGAGAGGGCUAGGUUGACAAUGCCAGGUGCAAACAAGACGUUCAAGCUGGCAGAAGUUGAGCUACUGACUCCAGGUGCUCUACAACAGGUGACGCCUGACGACUGGAAGGCAUAUCCGAGACACGUCAUUGAUGUGGAAAACAAGAUGUGGGAAGCCGACUGCUUUUCAGAUACGGUUAUCGACAGUGUCGUCAUUCACCUAGGCAGCGAUGACAACAAAUCAAGCGAUGAGGAUAUGGCCGACUCAAGCGAUGAGGACAUGGGCUGCGAAUAUCUUUCGUGGUAA